CUGACUGAAUUGGGCCAUAAAGAGAUACACAUAGAAAAUUAGAAAGCCCAUUGAAUCGACUAGGGUUAGUUCUUCUUCCUACGAAGCGCCGCAUAUAAGCCACUCCUCCUCCGCAUCCGCCGUCUGUCUUUCGGCGUUCCUGGAGUAACGAAGAGAAACAGGGAGCUACAAUGUCGGAGAAGACGAAGGGAAGGAAAGAGGAGGUGGUGACCAGAGAGUACACCAUCAACCUUCACAGACGCCUUCAUAGCUGUACCUUUAAGAAGAAGGCUCCAAAGGCGAUAAAGGAGAUAAGGAAGUUUGCAGAGAAGGCGAUGGGGACAAAGGAUGUGAGAGUGGAUGUGAAGCUGAACAAGCAGAUUUGGAGCAGAGGUAUCAGAGGUCCACCUAGGAGGAUCAGAGUCCGAAUUGCUCGUAAGAGAAACGAUGACGAAGACGCUAAGGAAGAGUUCUUCUCCCUUGUCACUGUUGCUGAAAUCCCUGCUGAAGGACUUGGUGGCCUUGGCACUAAAGUCAUCGAAGAAGAGGAUUAGUCAAACUUGUAACCUCUUACCAGAUUUUUUUUAGUUUUGAUUUUUUGCUAUGUAGUGACUUUGAAUCAGUGGAUGCAGUUAUUAGAGA